AUCAAUUAAUUGCUGUAAUGUUUGGUAAUUCAGGAAAAAGCAGGUGAAGAAAACGAUUCGGGUGCCGGCGAUAAGUUCAAAAAUGAAGGAUAUUCCAGCGGACGAGUACACCUGGAGAAAGUACGGUCAGAAGCCGAUCAAGGGCUCGCCUUACCCAAGGGGAUAUUACAAGUGCAGUAAGGUAAGAGGGUGCCCGGCGAGGAAACACGUGGACCAAGCUCCGGAUGAUCCGAAGGUGCUGAUCGUAACGUACGAGGGGGAGCACCGGCACGGGCCGGAGAAGGAGGAGUUGGUGUUGAGACAACGUGAGUGAAAGUGGGUAGAAAGAGGAAUUUGCGAGUUGAAGAAGAGACGAAAAAUAAAGGCAGAAGAUGUGUUGAAGACUAAGAUGCAAUUGGAGAUGCUAAUCCUUGUUACUAUUUUGGGGUUUUUAUUACCUUGUAGUUUAAGAGCGUUUUCAUAUAUAAAUAAUUGAUAAGGAUCCUCACCGGA